UGCGGGAGGCGGACUUGAAGGGGUUAAGCCCGGCCCGGGCCACUGCCCGGCAGCGCAGCCACGGCCGAGAGGACCCAGGCGUCCGGCGGCUCGCCGGGAGCGCCCCCUCCCCCGGGUGGCGCCCCAGCCGUGUCAGCCUUAGCCCCAGGGGCCCCAGCGAGCGAGCGGCAUGCGGCACCCCCAGGCAUGCCCAGCAUCCUUCGGCCCACUGCCCAGCCCCCCCAGGAGGCCCUAACGCCCUGGGGCACUUCUGCUGUGCACAGGACCACGUGGGGGUUUGCCAUGGUGACAUAAAGGGGCACGGAGGAAGGAAGGAGCGCAACCAGCCGCGGACUGCACCCCUGGCUGGGAGGAAGGGCCGGGGCCCAGAUCCCCCACUGCCACUGCCCACUUCGGGCCUUGCUCGCUGAGUCUCUGUGAACUUGCUGGUUGGUGGACAACUUGGGAGUCUUCUCCUGCGUGGGGCCUUGGGGCAGCCGGGGCGGCCGGGCCCCCGGUGGCCGAGGUCUCGGGGGCCAGGAUGCCCGCCCUGGCGCGCCUCCGCAGGCUGUGUCGGCACAUGUCCCCGCAGGCUGUACUUUUCCUGCUGUUCGCCUUCUGCCUGUUCAGCGUUUUUGUCUCAGCCUACUACCUAUAUGGCUGGAAGCGGGGCUUGGAGCCCUCGGUGGACGCCCCCGAGCCUGACUGUGGUGACCCGCCGCCCGUGGCCCCCAGCCGCCUGCUGCCUCUCAAGCCCAUACAGGUGGCCGCCCCUUCCCGCACGGACCCGUUGGUGCUGGUGUUCGUGGAGAGCCUCUACUCCCAGCUGGGCCAGGAGGUGGUGGCCAUCCUGGAGUCCAGCCGCUUCAAGUACCGCACAGAGAUUGCACCGGGCAAGGGUGACAUGCCCACGCUCACUGACAAGGGCCGCGGCCGCUUCGCCCUCAUCAUUUAUGAGAACAUCCUCAAGUACGUCAACCUGGAUGCCUGGAACCGGGAGCUGCUGGACAAGUAUUGCGUGGCCUACGGCGUGGGCAUCAUCGGCUUCUUCAAGGCCAAUGAGAACAGCCUGCUGAGCGCGCAGCUCAAAGGUUUCCCCCUGUUCCUGCACUCCAACCUGGGCCUGAAGGACUGCAGCAUCAACCCCAAGUCCCCGCUGCUGUACGUGACGCGGCCCAGCGAGGUGGAGAAGGGUGUGCUGCCCGGCGAGGACUGGACUGUAUUCCAGUCGAACCACUCCACCUACGAGCCUGUGCUCCUGGCCAAGACGCGGUCAUCCGAGUCCAUCCCGCACCUGGGCGCGGAUGCCGGCCUUCACGCCGCGCUGCAUGCCACUGUGGUCCAGGACCUGGGCCUCCACGACGGAAUCCAGCGCGUGCUGUUCGGCAACAACCUCAACUUCUGGCUGCACAAGCUCGUCUUCGUCGAUGCUGUGGCCUUCCUCACAGGCAAGCGCCUCUCACUGCCUCUGGACCGCUACAUCCUGGUGGACAUUGACGACAUCUUUGUGGGGAAGGAGGGUACACGCAUGAAGGUGGAGGACGUGAAGGCCCUAUUUGAUACGCAGAAUGAACUACGGACACACAUCCCAAACUUCACUUUCAACCUGGGCUACUCAGGGAAAUUCUUCCACACAGGUACCGAUGCUGAGGACGCGGGGGAUGACCUGCUGCUGUCGUACGUGAAGGAGUUUUGGUGGUUCCCCCACAUGUGGAGCCACAUGCAGCCCCACCUUUUCCACAACCAGUCCGUACUGGCUGAGCAGAUGGCCCUGAACAAGAAGUUCGCUGUCGAGCACGGCAUUCCCACAGACAUGGGGUACGCAGUGGCGCCCCACCACUCGGGUGUGUACCCUGUGCACGUGCAGCUGUACGAGGCCUGGAAGCAGGUGUGGAACAUCCGUGUGACCAGCACGGAGGAGUACCCCCACCUGAAGCCAGCCCGCUACCGCCGCGGCUUCAUCCACAAUGGCAUCAUGGUCCUCCCACGGCAGACCUGCGGCCUCUUCACACACACGAUCUUCUACAAUGAGUACCCAGGCGGCUCCAGCGAGCUGGACAAGAUCAUCAACGGAGGCGAACUCUUCCUCACAGUGCUCCUCAACCCUAUUAGCAUCUUCAUGACGCACCUGUCCAACUACGGGAACGACCGCCUGGGCCUGUACACCUUCAAGCACCUGGUGCGUUUCCUACACUCUUGGACCAACCUCCGGCUGCAGACACUGCCCCCAGUGCAGCUAGCCCAGAAGUACUUCCAGAUCUUCUCUGAGGAGAAGGACCCGCUCUGGCAGGAUCCCUGUGAAGACAAACGCCAUAAAGACAUCUGGUCCAAGGAGAAGACAUGUGACCGCUUCCCAAAGCUCCUCAUCAUUGGUCCCCAGAAAACAGGUACCACAGCCCUCUACCUGUUCCUCGGCAUGCACCCCGACCUCAGCAGCAACUACCCCAGCUCCGAGACCUUUGAGGAGAUCCAGUUUUUUAAUGGCCACAACUAUCACAAAGGCAUCGACUGGUACAUGGAGUUCUUCCCUAUCCCCUCCAACACCACCUCUGACUUCUACUUUGAGAAAAGCGCCAACUACUUUGAUUCGGAAGUGGCUCCCCGGCGGGCAGCUGCUCUGUUACCCAAGGCCAAGGUCUUGACCAUCCUCAUCAACCCAGCAGACCGAGCCUAUUCCUGGUACCAGCACCAGCGAGCCCAUGAUGACCCAGUAGCCCUGAAGUACACCUUCCACGAGGUGAUCACUGCUGUGCCCGAUGCAUCCUUGAAACUGCGCGCCCUCCAGAACCGCUGCCUGGUCCCCGGCUGGUAUGCCACCCACAUCGAGCGCUGGCUCAGCGCCUUUCACGCCAACCAGAUUCUGGUCUUGGAUGGCAAACUGCUGCGAACGGAACCUGCCAAAGUGAUGGACACAGUGCAAAAGUUCCUUGGGGUGACGAACACCAUUGACUAUCACAAAACCUUGGCGUUUGAUCCAAAGAAAGGAUUUUGGUGCCAACUGCUAGAAGGAGGAAAAACCAAGUGUCUAGGCAAAAGCAAGGGCCGGAAAUACCCAGAGAUGGACUUGGAUUCCCGCGCCUUCCUGAAGGACUAUUACCGGGACCACAACAUUGAGCUUUCCAAGCUGCUGUACAAGAUGGGCCAGACACUGCCCACCUGGCUACGGGAGGAGCUCCAGAACACCAGGUAGCCACAGCCACCACAGCCAGACUGAAUGUGACGGCAGGGACGUCCCGCCACACGCCGAGCCAGACUGACCUGCAGAGUGGGGAGCUGGGCCUGGGCUGGCCAAGCACUUACAAGCAAUACUCUGCUGCAGCCGAGGCAGGGCCACAUGCGCCUGGGAGCGUCCAGUGCUGGGUUGCUGGCCUCUAGGACCUCCUUCGCCAGCCGGGGUCCAUUCUGCUAGUAGUCUUUCAUGGGGAGGCCACUUCCUGUUGGUGGAAGACCACAAGCUGGUAGGAAGGAGUCCACAAGACUCUGUUUCCCGUCCCUGUGUUCUACCCUCUUCAUCCCAUCACUCCCUGCUCCAGCAGGGUGUCCACUCAGUAUUAGCCGCCCUAUUUUCCCUGUCCUCCAGACAACGAGGAGAAGAGCCCAGCUGGGGCUUUUGCCAAACCAGGGAGAGAGAUUGGACAUCUCCCUGAUGGUUCAAGCCACGCUCUUCAGAGGGGUCAGCUGGGAACCCGGAGGUGGUCCCUAGGCUGGGUAUGAGCGUGUUCAGCUCUAGAGAACGCUGGACCUCCACACCCGUUCUGCUUCAUACCUUCCCAUCUCACCUUCCCUCUCUAGAGAAAGAAUCGCUGGUUCCUACAGUACCCACCCAGUCCAAAGGCCUCCUUGAGGGCCCUGGGGCACUGCCAUGCAUUUGGACCCAGAGACCCAGGCCUCAACCCUACCCCGGUUCUUCCCCCUGGGAUAUGACAGGUGUGGUGUUUCCUGUGGUAAAGGACUGAGGCGGUCAUAGAGUCGGCCGUAUACAUGUCCCAGUGUACAUAUGUUGUCCCUAAGCCCACCUGGCCUUGACCUCUGGCAGAUGCGGGGCAGAAUUGAUGAGACCGCCAUCCCUGCUGCGCGCCAGCUGCCUGUGGCCAAGGGUUUCUAGAGAGCCCCUUAACCUCCCAAAUACUAAGCUAAAGUAUUUUAUUUUUUUUUUCUUGGUGCCAGAGUUUAUACCCUGGGUGCUGGGGUCGCACUGUGUUACAUAUAUAUAUAUAACAUGUAUAUAUAUAUAUAUAUAUUAUAUUUUUUUUGGUUGGGUUUGUUUUUAAUUCAGUCGUACAAAAUGGUGGCAAGCCCCAGUCCCAAAAGGCGUCAUAUCUCAGUGCUAGAGAAUGGGAUGGAAUGGCGGGGGGUGGGGUGGGGGGCGUGUUCAUGUGUGGAGGCCUCAAGGACACAGUAUGGAAGUGCCCUGGGAGAGGUCAAGUGCCAUGGCUGCCCCGGGGCUGCCCCAGGUGAACAGGUGGCGAGAUGCAUAAAGAAGACCUACUCUUUCCAGGAAAUCUGGCUUCAUGAAGCGCGGGUGACCCUGGGGCACUUUUGGCCAGAGGAAACAGCCAGGCUGGGGUAGGAGACCCCGAGGCUUAAAGGCUGGCCUGUUCCCCUUCCCCUCACAUGGUGCUAGGUUGGGAGCUGCCCUGGGAGCCACAGAACUGUCUCCAGGCCCCCUGCCGACAAGGGGAUCUCUGGGCUAUUUUCUGGUUGGGGCCUGCUCCUACCACCCCCUCCUGUCCCCAUCUUUUAACAAUGUGAAGUGACUAAGGCUGGGGUGCCUUUCCCCAGCCCCGCCCACUGCCAGUUCAGCUUUGAACUGACACCUGGGAAAUCCUUUCUGGAGAGCCUUGUCUUGUUCAGAAGACUCUAGCAUGUUGGGGCUGAAAGGUCCUUCAACGGGUAUGGACACAGGUCCAGAAAUGGGAGGUGGCCUCUAGGGUUGAUGUCACAGAACUGAUUGGGAGCAGGGCCAAGAAUUGAACUCGAGGCUCCCAAUUCCGAGCCCAGUGCUCUUCUUCCAAUGCCACACUGCCUCUGAGCCCAUCCUUGGGACCCGACUCUGUGCCAGGUUGCUGUCCCUCCUUUAGUCAUGCCCUUGGUCAUUCCAGGAUAUGGGGACAAACCACUCCUUCCCAGCCAGGGUGCCUUUGAGCCUUCUCAGUUCCAGAUCUGCAUUUGCAUCCCUGUCGUGCUCUCCCCACCUCAAAAGGUCCUUUCCCAGCCUGGGAGCCUGGGUCUUAGUUCCCAGGGUCUCCACUGGGAUGGAGAAGUGGCAUGUCCUACGGGGCCAGCUGCAUAUGGCUCUACUGUCUCCUGAGUGAAGCGUUUCCGUCAUGCUUCUCAUUGGGGCCUUAGAACCUGGGAACCCUGGUUGCUGCUAACCCUGCAGGGGAUGAGUAGCGGAGUGUCUGAGGACAGGGUCGCAUGUCUGCGUGUACGCUUGUGAAGACUUACCUGCACCAGGAACCAGACUCCCAGAGCGGGCAGAAACUUACAUAGUGCACAACCUGGGCCUCACUUCCCAUCUGUCAGCGUGGGGCUCUGCUCCAUGACCCGUGAGGACAUCACAGCUCCCACUGUCUGAGAUCUUCCCUCUGGGCCUGGACACCUGGGCAGGCUGCCCGGAGCCUGUCCUCGUGGGGCGGGCAGGUCCACUCCCCUCGUCCUCUGGCCUGAGGAAGAAACAGGCAGGUUUGAGGCCCUGUGGUAGCAGAGGAAAUGCUGGAGACUCUUGUCCAGACCCUUCUGGGAGGCUGGGGACUUGACCUGUCCCAUGUUCUAAGUCUGUCUUGUCACUGCUACUUUUUCCAUUCCCACUAACGAAUCUCUCUCGAGAACCCACUUCCAGGACGGGUAGGUACUGGGGAGGGGAGAGAAGUCCCUCUAGGUUCUCUCAGCUGCUGAGCACACAGAUCCCCACCACGAGAGGAGAACACCAGGGUCAGUGGGUACAGUAUCCUCAGCCUCUUCCAUGUUUACUAAGUCACUGGCCAAAAACAA